AUGAAACUAUUCAAUGAAACCACGAAGCUGCUCCUGAUCAUUGCAGCGCUUGGCAAUGGCAGCAGGGCUCAAGACAAUGUAACUCCAUGGAAUGAAUCAGCAGUGUCUGAAGCUGGACAAGAUGGUGUUGAGGCUGAUAGGGCGAAUCGGGUGGAUUCGCAACGCUUGGGCGUCUUUGGGGGUGAGGUGGACGACGUGACCCCGGGACAAAACGGCCCACCAAGUGGCUUUGCAAGCCCAGGCGGCCCAGGUACCACAGGUGGCCCCGGUGGUCCAUUUGCGCAGACCCCUGCUCUAGAUCUUGACUUCUUCGAGGGCGGUGUGGUUGACAUCGAUACUGACACGUUGUAUUAUACCGUCUCUGCAGAGCUUCCACAAGAAGCUCUUCGGAACUUGUGCUUCGUGGACAGCGUGUUGCCCGCCGACGUAGCACAAGGCGUUUGCCCCGAUGGCAAGCUGGAGCUGUCGCUGUGUCGGCAGACAUGCGAGGAUAUGAUGAUCAAGGAAUUCACGAAUUGCCCCUUGAAUCUCGCCGGCUGCUGUGAAUGCGGCUACUACAGCUUCAAAACGAACAACCUUGCUUCAGGAGAUCUCUACGAGUUCCGACCAGGUACAUCCAACGUUUUUUGGACAAUCCUUCCGGGCUGGGUCAAUCUGGGGGUGUGGACGUUCUUGACAGCUAGCUUGAUGUUCUUGAUGUUGACUCGAAACUCGAUGCCAAAAGCUCGAACCAUGGUUGUGCGCAUCACCCGCGUCGUUGGCUGGAUUGGAAUGCUUGCAUUCAGUAUGUGGGGCCUUGUCUACUUGGUCGGCAUGAACGGAUUGGGGUACCAGUUCUACUUUGCAUUUCCACUCAGCCGCGUGGGCAUCUUAAUCCAUGUGAUUUUCAGUUCUCUCUGGCUCAUCUCCGGGGUGAUCCAGUUGGUUGGUCCCAUCCGACGUAUGGCGUUUGGGAUUCAUCGGGCCAACGGUUGGCUUUGUGUUGCCUCGACAGUUCUUGCAUCAGUUGGACUUUUCAUCCUCCUGCUGGCCCCCCAUCAAUCGGCAAUCGGUGGUAUCUUCAUCAGCGCAAUCUUCGCCGCGUAUUGGAACGUCUCAUUGGGCUUGGGAUGUUAUUACGGUAUCAAACGAGAUAUCGAUUCACACCGGCGAUGGAUGGUCCGCCACAUGUUUGUUGGCAACAGCGUGAUCUUGGGAAGAAUAUUCAAUGUUCUCGUUGAGAUCAUCUUCAAAGAUCAGGCAUACUACGUUGGACCUUUUUAUGAUGCCGCUUGCGAGGAUCUCGCAGGUGUGAAAUACGCCGAGAUCAUGUAUAUCUCAGGUGAGACCGCCUAUCUCAGCACUGAACAAAUGUCUUUUGCAUGCAGAGGCAUCACCACACUCUACGACUCCUACUUCUUCGCAGUGCAGUUCGCUGUUGUCAUGCUUGUCGCAGGCAUCUUUGCUGCCGAGCUCUGGCUCUGGGCUACUGGCUUGCAGCACAGCCAGCAAACAGUUAGCUUGGCCCAGACCAGUAUCCGAAUUCCAUCAGUCGGUGGCACGGAAGACAAGCGGCCUUUGAUGGUCAUCUGCAACUUGAAAGAAGAGUUGCCCAUCACAUUAGUCGAAAAGGAAGCAAUAGCUACCGAUGCUGUGAAGAUGCGCUUUAGUCUCCCUGAUGCCAAUUCUGGUUUGCUCAUUGAGCAACUUGGGCACGUAAACCUUCGAAAGGCAGACAUGAUCAGGCCAAGACCCUACUCUCCAAUCAUCUCGCUUGAAGCUGGAUUCGGCACCUUCAUUGUUCGACAUGCUUCUAGAGGACUUCUUUCUACGUACAUGGUCCAACAGAUGAAAGAGGGCCAGUCUCUGUUGCUCAGUGGUCCAAUGGCUCCAGUCAUUGCGCCCUCACUACAGCACGCCAAGAACCUUCUCUUGAUUGCCGGGGGGGCUGGUAUUGCGCCAUUUUACUCUCUCGUUGAAACCACGGAGGCCAAAUGCCACGUGUUAAUGGCUGAAAAAGACCAAAGUUGCGAACGGAGGCCGAUGUGCAUGGACCUACAAGAGAAGGACUGCUACGACCAAGAGCUGCACACACCCUGCAUUUUAUUAUCCGUUGCAUAUCUACUCCAUCUUGAGCUCGACCAUGAAGCGCACCGGAAAGAACAAACAAAGCAAAACAAGAAGAACCGUCGCAAGGUGCUUGUGUGUACUCCCAAGCAAGUUCCAGUUGCUGCUGAAGCUCCUCCGAAGAAGCCAGCUCCAAAGAAGGCUACCGUGAAGAAAGCGGCUGGGAAGAAGCAAGCUACCUUGACGCCAACCGCGGUUACCCCUGUUUCAAAGGCCGACCCUGCUGACAAGGUUGACGGGGGAACGUUGCUACAAGACCCUGCCGUAAACAAGCUCCUCGCCAUGAUAACCAACCAGCCUGGUCUGUUCACACAGGUCGCCAAUUCAGCUGCUGCAGUCGCCGACAAUUCAGCAGCAUCCAACAAAGACGACUCGGUCUCCGAAACCAGCGUCGUGGAAGUCGUAGCCGCCACUUCCAAGAAGGUCCCCAAGACAACUAGAGCUGGAACUGCCGUCACGAUCAAACAAGAAAGCAAUCCUGCCGGGAAUGACACUCGAAGUCUCUCGAUACCGACCAAGCCUGUCGAAGAUCGUGGUCUGAGCGGACUCGACAUCGAGACCAACAUUGGAGGUCGCUCCGCGCUCAUUUCCAAUCUAGUGGCUUUCAUGAAAGACACUGUGUACAAGACUCGUACCCCUUCUGUCACGAAACGUCGAACUUUUCUCCAGCAUUUCAUGCGAACGGGAGUUCAACUUUGGUGUCUCACCAUUGAAGAACAGCGCAAGGUGCUCUCCCAGGAUGACGGGACGUGCUACGCCGCCUCGGAGAAUGACUAUGAAUGGACCGACCCUGAGCAGCCAUUCAUUAACGUUGACGACGACAAUGAUGAGGAAGAGGAGCAGGACGAAGACGAGGACGAGCACGAUAGCGAGAAUUAA